AUGAUCUCCACCAUAUCCCACGCUUCCACACAUCUAUAUCCCACCAUCACGGCGCUACUCUCAACCCGCAAGGACAAGAAAUACAACCGGGAUCGGUGGACGUUGCAGGAGUUGGACAACUGGAAGGAUGUGGAGCUUCCGCAGAUCUUGAAACGACGGGUCGAAAAACAGGACGGCUGCUAUCUCACAGUACCGGAGUUAAAGUUAUUAAUGGACUGGAAGUUGGCCAAGGGCAAGUUUCGGCCAAUGCUCCCCAAGUUGAUUCUGGCGAACUUGGCAGACGAUGUGGAGCGGGUCACCCGCACGGCGAUGAUGAUGUUUGUGGAUGGGGUUUGUGAAUUCGAGCUGCUCGCAGGUGAGUCUCGUGAAAAGUAUACUCAAUUGGUGAAGAAGGCGAUGGUCGAGCUCUGCAGAUUGAAGGGGGUAGGACCGGCGACUGCCAGCUUGGUGUUGUCGCUUUUGUGGUCGGUUUCGGCUCUUUCACCGCCAUUUUUCAGUGAUGAGUCGUUCCUCUACUACGUGCGCCCGGCCACCAAGAUCAAAUACAACUUGAAGGAGUACACCGACGAGUACUUGCCGGUGUUUUUGGGGAUUUUGGAGCAAGAAGACGAGGUGACCAUGAACAGCCUUGAAAAGGGCGGUUGGGCUCUCAAGAUGUUGGAGAUCCAUCGAGAUGGUAUUCUCAAGGGCGUAGCGGUGGGGCCAUACGAGGGCUUUUUGGACCACUACGCCGACAAGACAAGGACUACCAAGAAGAGAAAAUUGGUGGACGACAAGGUACCGACGACGAAAAGAAAGCACGCUGCUUCGUAG